CCAUCGCUCUGCGCUGGGACCAUGGAGGUUCCCCUGCUGUGCGUGCUGGUGGUGUUUGCUGGUGUGAUUCCAACCCAGGGAGGAAUUCUGGACCUGAACAAGAUGGUCCGCCAAGUGACCGGGAAGACACCCUUCUUCUCUUAUUGGUUUUACGGCUGUCACUGUGGACUCCGUGGCAAAGGCCAGCCCAAAGACGCCACGGACUGGUGCUGCCAUGCCCAUGACUGCUGCUAUACUCAUCUGAAGUACCACAAAUGCCGUCGCCACUGGGACCGUUACCACUACACGUUUUCCGAGGGGGACGUCCAGUGCCCUGAGAAGGGGAGCUGGUGUGAGCAGCAGCUGUGUGCCUGUGACAAGGAGCUGGCCUUCUGCCUGAAGAGUAACCUGGACACCUACCAGAAUCAUCUGCGUUUCUACUGGCGGCCCCGCUGCAAGGGCCAGACCCCUAUGUGCUAGGAGAAGCCCCAGCUGUCCCGCGCCCUCCGCCCCUUGGCAUCUUGAGCUCUGGAAAUCCCGUAGGAUUGCUGACGCCCCCGCCCCCAGUGUCUACCCCCCUGAACCAGCCUGGCUCCUUUAAAAUACUCCUGGGAGGAUGGAGGGUCUCGGCCUCCCUCCCACCCCCCAUCUUGUCUCUUGGACCUUCUAAAAUUUCCCAGCCGAGGCAGCAGCUGUCUCCUCUGGGAGUGGAUUGGGAGCCCCCAGGAAUGGUGUUAGAGUGAGGGCAGCAGGCAGUGGGGGAGGGGCCUGGAGGCCUAGGUGUGGCAGGUUCUCCCUGACAGGGUCACUCACCAGGCCUCCCUGACCCAGGCCCACCUUCCAAUACACUGUCCAACUGCAGCCAGAGUGGCCCCUCUAGAGGGCGACACUGAUCUUUCUGUCCAUGUGACU